AUGCCGGUGGAAGGUUGGACGACGCCGUUGACAAGGAGGUUGUUGGGCGGGCCGGGAUCGUGGCCGCCGCGGUGCACGUCGAAAUGCGGGAAGUGCACACCGUGCAAGCUAGUGCACGUGCCGAUGCCGCUGGGGACGCCGGUGACGGCGGAUUAUUACCCAGCAAUGUAA